AUGCGUGCUUCGAGAUUUGGCAGAGUUCGAGACCGCACUACGGCACUUUUCAUUGUGAGGCUAGAGAUUUCCGAGAACCAGUAUGAGAUCCUGUCAGCAUUCUUCAACUGGAUCGCUCAGGACCAAUUUCGUGGUAUUGAAAAUGAGAGCGCAACCGAUCACAUUAAUCUGUUCAUCGACAAGAGCAUGACACACAAGUACAACAACGUCACUUCCGAUCAAUUAAUGUUGAUAGCUUUCCCUUUUUCUCUUGCGGGGGCGGCUAAGCAGUGGCUUCGUGAGCAACCCAACUCCAUUGCUACUUGGGAGGCUCUGAAAAAGGCAUUCUUGCAUCGAUACUACCCACCCGGAAAAACUUCAAAGUACCGAAAUGAAAUCUCUACUUUCAAACAAAAAGACGGGGAAUCACUCUAUGAUAUAUGGGAGAGAUUUAAAAGUCUAAUCAGGAAGUGCCCACAUCACGGAUUACCAGAUUGGAUGGUUAUUGAGACAGUCUACAAUGCUUUGAGGCAUGAGAUCCAGACUUCUUUGGAUGCUGCUGCUAGGGGUAACUUCAUGAUGAAAACAUUGACCCAGGCCAAGAAAAUUCUUGAUAACAUGGCCUCAAAUUACCACUGGCGAGAACAAUCAACUCCAAGGCGAGGUGGUAGGUAUGAAGUCGAUGCUAUUGCUGCUUUGACUAAUAAUGUGCAGGCUUUGAUAAGGAAGGUUGAGCAGUUGGAUGUGGCUGCAGUAAAUAAAGUCUGUGGUGCUUGUGGCUUAAAUGGGCAUUCUAGUGUUGAUUGCCAACUUCAAGCCGAAGGGGUUGCCACUAAUCCCUCAUCCUCGUACAACAUACCAUCGGGCUUCCAACAAAGACCUACCUUCCCACCUCAACAGCAACAUCCACCGAAGUCCAACCUUGAGAGUUUGAUGGAUAACUUUAUUGCUACCCAAAGCAAGCAAAAUGAAUACUUCAGCACCUCCAUUAAUCAGAUUUUGGCCCACAACAAAAUGAUCGAUACUGAGAUGGCUCAAAUGGCACAGCAAUUGAAUGCAGGAACUAAUGAUGAUGUUUCUGAAGAAAAGAAGGAUGAGCCAGUCAGUUCAGAAAAGCCCACAAUUGCCGGUCAAACUUACACACCACCAGUGUCGUUUCCUUCUAGAUUGGCAUAG